UGGGAUGCAGAGCUCGGAGUCACCUUAGCAUCAUGGCUGCUGGUCCUGGAGAUUGCAGGAGGAGACUCUGCUUCUUCUAGGCUCCGUCCAGCCUCACUGUGUGCUGAGGCAGUGGCUGCAGUGCUGGAUCAAUGCAGAGCCUGACAGGAGGAGGAUGAUGUCAAGACCCUGAAGGGUAUAUCAGUGAUCAGCUGGAGAUGUCCCUGCACACAUCAGGGUGAGCUUCACUCCAUCUCCUCAGGACAAGGCUGACAAUAGACGUAGCCAUGUUGGAAGAAGCAGAACAGAGGUGGCAUCCCACCCAUGUCCAGGUGACAGUGCUACAGGCCCGAGACCUCCACCCAAAAGGCAAGCAUGGCACUAACGACACCUACACCAUCAUCCAGCUGGGCAAGGAGAAGUAUUCCACCUCAGUGGUGGAGAAAAGCCUCAGUCCGGUAUGGAAGGAAGAGGCGUCCUUUGAGCUGCCCGGCCUCAUGUCCGAGGACAGCCCCGAUCAGUACCAGCUGCUGCUGACCGUCAUGCACCGCUCUCUGGUGGGCCUCGACAAGUUCCUGGGACAGGUGUCCAUCAACCUCAACAGCAUCUUCGAGAAAAGGGAGCGACAGAAGACAGAGUGGUACAAGUUGGAGUCAAAGCAAGGGAAGAGGAAGAAGGAGAGGGGGGAGCUUAUGGUCAACGUGCAGUUCAUGAGGAAUAACCUGACGGCCAGUAUGUUUGACCUCUCCAUGAAGGAUAAGACCCGCUCUCCGUUUGCACGUCUCAAGGACAAAAUGAAAGGAAGGAAACCAGAUGGAUCGGACACCUCGUCGGCCAUCGUCCCCGGCAGCGUCAGCGAGCGGCACAGCGUCUGUGAGCCCAGGGCUUCCGAAAUCCAGAUGAAGAGUAAGCCCAAGAAGCCGUUCCUCCUGGGAGCUCAGCGCCUGUCCUCGGCUCAUUCCAUGUCGGAUUUAUAUGGUCCUCAGCCGAGCUCUGGAGGACUCCCACCAAAACAUACUCUGGACUCCAUCAGCUCUGCAGAUGAGAAUGGAAGCCUUAAUUCUCCUCACAGAAGAACCAUGAGUGUUGACACCUCAAGGCAUCACCCCCCAGAAAUCCAAGACCAUGUAGUGAGCUGGACUGGUGGGAACAACAAAGACCCAGUUCCUGGCACUUCUCUGCCUCAGAAAUUUGCCACACUGCCCAGACAAUGGGCCCCGGGGGACGAGCGAACAUCUGGGAUCAUCUCCAGAACAGCUGACGGAAAGAAAGAUGGGAAGAAGAAGGAGAAGGUCAGCUUAUUUGAGAGAGUAACUGGCAAGAAGGAAGGGAAGAGGCCUGAGCGGCACAGCCAGGACAUCUCUGACUGGACUCAGGAGAGCAGAACCCAAGGAGGUGUAACCCUACCCACCACAAACUAUGAGUCCACCAAUCCCUUCUGGGGGGGAAGUCGCACUCAGGAACAAUGCUCCAGUACACAGUAUUCAUCAUCUGAUGUCUCCGAACCACUGGGCCGGAGGAGCGGAGGGCUGGAGAGGUACGCCCCCCUGCACGGACCACCGGAGCAGAAUCCAUUUGAGGGUUCGGUCCUCUACAGUCAUCUGACUCGCAUGGAGGUGGAGCGAGAGUUAAUGAAGCACAAGGAGCUGCUGAAGAAGAAGGACAGUCAUAUCCGGGAGCUGGAGGACUACAUAGACAACCUGCUGGUGCGGGUGAUGGAGGAGACCCCCAGCAUCCUUCGGGUGCCCUAUGUGCCUUCCAGGAAAGCGGGUAAAUUCCCUCAGAGCUAGUCAACAAAGCCAAGAGAGCAUGCAGGACGCAUGGUGGCCAUGGUCUCCUGGUGGAGGCUGUGACUGACUCCUGUGAAGACUCAAGUACAACCCAGAAAAGUACAAUAGUAGGAACUGUAAACUGGCUGCCCUGUCCCGUAUGGGGACCGGACCCUGCAGCCUCUGGUGCUAUCCUGUGGGACUGGUUCAUGAAGAGCAUGAUGAGAGUGUUGGAGGCCGAGGCUUGGGUCUGUGGAGUGGUGGUCACAGCGGUGCUCCACCCUGGCCUCAUGGCUCCUGGCGGCCUCCCGAGUACUCGCAGCGGGCAGAACUGAUGGAGAAUGUAAUAUUCUAAUUAUUAUAAGGUAUUAAUUACGUGCUCAGUGCACCCCCAGCCAGGUGUCCUCCCAUAAUGCACCCGCCACGGGGAGUGGCCUCUAUUAAUACUAGUGUGCCACGCCCGCUCACUCCGAUAAUGCACCUGCCACGGGGUGUGGCCUCCAUUAAUACUGGUGUGCCAUACCCGCUCCCUCCCAUAAUGAACCUGCCACGGGGAGUGGACCCCAUUAAUACUGAUGUGCCACGCCCGCGCACUCCCAUAAUGCACCUGCCAC